AUGGAAUCGAGGCAGCGUCGACAGGUGCACCUCUCACAAGUGCACCACCCACCAUUCCUCCAGACUCCCUCUCGUCCCCGUUUGAUCUUUGUUACAACCUGUCCUGGUGAUGUCAUCCCCGACACGGGUGAGUUUUACCUGGGCAACUCCAGGACCUGCGGCCAAGUGAGCGGUGCCGAGCUCUUUUAUGCCUACAACACGCCAAAUUCCGCCUCCUCCAAUACGGGUCUCGAAGAGCAAGAAGCCGUUCUCCUGUAUUUUGUCGUCUCCAACGGCUCGCGGCUUGACCUCGUCUACAUUAACGACAAGCCCAGCAAUGUGGGUGGUGGCCGGGCGCAGGUUGAACUCCUCGCCCCCGAACUCAAGGGACGUCCCGCAAACGUCGUGCGCUACGACGAUCCCCUCACCGCCGCUGCCCUUGCUACCUGCGAAAUGGGCGAAGAUUGCUAUCGCUACAAUCAAUCCACCGGCUUUGGCACCUUUUCCUGGCACUGGGAUGUUUGCUGCACUGAUGGCAUGGUCUUUGGGCCCAUGCCCACUGAAGAUGUCAAAUUUACCCUCAAAUGGACCAAUAUCCAGGGGUUGAAUAGCGUGGUCGUGGGCAGCUUUGACCCGACCAACCACACGCUGCAGCGCUUCACCGAUCUCACCCUCGACGAUCUCAAAGCCGGCAUCACGGUCAAGCUCGAAAAUUGUGCCUCGCGCUGCGCUGCCUUUAGCGAGUGCCCGGGCUCAUGGGCCGAUCGCGACUCCUGCUGCACCAGUUGUGGAGCACAAACAAACUGCGACAGUUGCACGGCCCUGGAGGGUUGUGCCUGGUCCAUCGAUCACCACACCUGCUACUCUGUGGAGUCGAGACAUUUUGCAACGAUCACGGGCAGCCAGACUUUACGACCGGGACGUGUGCCUGUGAAACCGGCUUUGUGCAACCCGAAUGUAAUCCGCGGCGAGUUUUGCGAGCUGGUGUUGGACUCGUGCACCGAGAACGGUCGAUGCUACCAGGGACCGGAAAACGACAUUUUUUGCGGCGUGGUUGGAAACGGAGCCAUCUGCACCGGACUCUUGCUGGCAAGCUCAAGACUAAACCGUGCGACUUGGGUGGUGUGUAGAACGAAAGUGCGCAAGCUCAAGGCGGGCUCUAAAUGCAGCGUGUUGGACGAGGGCCUUGGCGUGUGCCGUGAGAGUCAGCUGGCGGGCAACUGCCUGGUCGGCAGUGAAAUGUGUGACUUGACAACUGGUCUGAAGCGUUGCGAUUGCGGUAACGCCCCGUUUGCCGGCACCCUCUGUGACCAAUGCACCUGCCAGAAUGGGGGCCAAUGCCUUUUGGGUGCCGAAGUAUGUGAUUGCAAGGCUGGCUUUCGUGGUAGUCGCUGUGAAACGGCAUGUGACAAUGACGCCCUUUGCUCUGGGCACGGGCUCUGUUUGCAAGGUGGCGGCUGUCAGUGUGACUCCGGGUAUGAAGGCGACGACUGCUCGCGUCGUCUCACGACCACCACUACCACAACAACAACAACAACAACAACAACAAUGGCAUCUACAACGGUCUCGCCACAGCUUGAAAGCACGACCGCAGCCAUCACGACAACGACCACAACAACGACCACGACCACAACAACGACCACGACCACGACCACGACCACGACCACAGGCGUCGCCACCACAACGCAGUCUGCCCUGACCCCGCAGAGUAACCUAGAGAGCAUUUAUGCCAUGCACAUUGGCAACGUCAACUUGAACGACUUUACAGACGCGAGUGCUGCCCUCAGCACGGCCCUGGCCACCGCCAUCAACAGCUUUCUCAAAAGCGAAGGCCUCUUGGUGGCCACCAACAUUCGCAUCAUCUCACUUCGUGCGGGCUCCAUCGUGGCCGACUUUGGGCUCACUGCACCUACCAUCGCACAUUUGGCAGCCAUCAAUUGCGCGGUUCAAGACAAGGGCCAGUUUCCCAGCGUGCUCUCGACCGUGCUGGAAGUUCCCAUUACACUUCAAGUAGCCUUGCUGACGAGGUGCACCUUGUGCGACCCGGACAUCCAGUGUGGUAGUUCGAGUGGAGCCACAAACAGCACACCGCCCUCCAACACGAGCUCAGGUGGUGGUGGUGGUGUUGCUCCCGAUGCGUCAACGCCAGUGCCGGGUGAAGGUCAGAAUCCAGCUCCAAGCCGCACAGGUAGCCAAGGGAACAAGGAUGGCCCCGUGAUUGCAGCUGUGAUUGUGGUCGUCCUCGUGUUGCUGUUUAUCUCCAGCAAGCGGCCCGUGGUGCAGCGUUUUGACCGAAUGAAGGAUCGCGCACCCGAUGACACCUUUGUCAAUCCCGUCUAUGCUGGAACCACGGGCAAUCCGACGCUGGACCCCCAGGCUUUGUAUCGAGACCCAUAUGAGGAGGAGGAGGAGGGCGUGGAAGCCUACAUGGAGCCCGAAGCUACAGGUGCCUCAACCUACAUGGACCUCCGCUCAGCGCCGAGUGACCUCAGCGAUGACCACGAGGGCUACAUGCUCACUGAGGCGGCCUCUGAAGCCCCAUCAGAAGAAUCAGAGGAGGAGCCUGAACUGGACACUCGCCUUCCUGAGCCCACCGUCCCCAUUGCGAGCAAGGCUGUCCCAUCUGCAGGCGAAUCCGAAGCCUAA